AUGGUUUUCAUUAGGCUGUCACACGCAGCCCGUUAUGCGUCCGUUUCAUUUUCGGCCUCGGUCGGCGGUGGCUCCGGACGAGCAGUGGCUCUAGCAGCCAGCGCUGGGAUCCUUUCGGGCUUGUUCGUGGGUUACCAGCCGAAGGAGUCAAAGCCACACAGGCACUGUGGCUGCGAAGUGCACCUUACAGAUGUUCAGCAGCAACUUGGAGGCAAUCUCGCCGAGAUCGUUGGAAGAGGCAACGUCAGCAGCAAUGUUACCAUGAGGGGUUCGCGGCUAGGCGAAGGAACCGCACUGGCUGUGGUGAAGCCGGGCUCUUUGCACGAAGCCAUGGCAGUUCUCAAGGCAUGCUGUGCUGCGGGCGUGGCUGUUCUGCCACAGGGCGCAAACACCUCACUUACAGGAGGUUCUGUUCCGCGUGGGGAGUGUGACAGGCCGACCGUGAUUAUUAACAUGAGACGACUCAACAAAAUCCUUCCAGUAGGCGCUGAUGGAGGCCAGGUGCUGUGCUUUGCAGGAGCUGGCAUAUUUCAGCUUCAGAGCGAACUGAAAAACAAGUACAACAGAGAUUCUCACUCUGUGCUUGGGUCAAUCUUCUUAAACCCGUCGGUUGCUGCGGGAGUGUCGUAUGGAAGCGGAGGGACGCAGAUCCGGAAGGGGCCAGCGUUCACAAACCGCGCCUUGUUUUGCCGUGUUGCUCAAGGAGGCGAGGUGGAGCUCGUGGACACCUUGGGUCUCCAGGUAAAAGGCAAAGAUGCGCUAGAUUUCCUCGAGACUGCCACCGAACUGGGCCUUCAAGACUUGGAUCCCAAGUGUAAGGUUGCAGCAUCUUGGCCAAACUACCGGCAGCACCUCACCAAAUUGGACAGCAAUGUUUCACGAUACAAUGCAGAUACUACUGGUGCUGAAUGCAAUCGUUCAGAAGGUAAAGUUCUGAUUUUGGCGACUCUCCACGAUACAUUUCCCAUGCCCCAGAAAGACAGCGUGAUUUGGGCUUCGUGCAGCGACUUUGAGACUGCUCAAGCGCUCAAGCGAGAGGUCUGCAUUGCCAGCCCGGACUGCAUGGCUAAGUCUUGCGAGUACAUCAACCGCGAGGUGCAUGAUGCAGUUGACCAGGCAGGACGGAUCCUGAUCAAGAUGAUUGAGAUCCUGGGAAUGACGAGACUGGAGCCGUUGUGGAAUCUGAAGCUUUUCAUCGAAUCCGUGCCUUUGCCGUUUGCAACUAUUGUUUGCGACAAGUUUCUAUGGUGGUUUAACGGCAUCUUGCCGAAGCCUUUGCCGGCAAAGCUCCAAGCGCUAACGCAAGAGUUUGAUCACCACAUGCUUAUGGAGUUCGCGGAAUACACACCAGGUGAGCUGGACGGCUUGAUGUCUCGUUUAAGGAAGUUUCAGGACUCCAAGCCAGAGGGUACAGUAAAGUUCCAUGUAUGUGCUGAUGCUCGUGAGCGGUCCCGGGCAACUCUCUUCCGGUUUGCAGUCGCGCCCGCAUUCCGGACAUACUGCAUUGGCCUCGGCCAGCAGGGGCUGUCAAUUGACUACGCGUUGCCGAAGAACUUCACUCGGUACCCAGAAUUACCAGCUCAGUACCCUGUGUCCAGACGCCUGGUGUAUUCGCAUUUUGGCUGCAAUGUCUAUCACGAGGAUUACGUUUUCGACAACAGCAUUGAUGUGCAUGAAGCGAAAAUGGCCAUAAAAAAGGCCAUCGAGAAAGUCGGUGGAAAGCUUCCAGCAGAACACGGCCAUGGCACCGAGUAUGCAGCACCGGCAGACAUGCAGCAGAGAUGGCGCCUGUCAGACCCGACGAACACCAUGACCUUUGAACAGAGAUUAGUGAUGGAAUCCUGGGGCGCAGAGCUCAGUUGCUUCCACUGUCCUGCCCUCUGGGUCGGAGGCACAUCCUACAAGAAGGACUACAUGUGA